AUGUUCGCUCGCUCGGUCGUUGCUGCGCUCGUCGCAUUGCCCUACUUCGCUCACUUCACCCUCGCGCAAACUUGCGCUCGCUCUUACACCGUCCAGGAGGGCGAUGACUGUAACAGCAUUUCUGCUGCUCAUAACUCCUCAACCUAUCAGCUUGCCACGGUGAAUUCUGGUACCGUCAACUCUGAUUGCAGCAACCUUGUUCCCGGCGAGAGUCUCUGUCUAGGUUGGGUGGGCUCGGAUUGCAGCAACACUUACGUCGUUGACCUUGGCGACGAUUGUGAUACCAUUGCGUCGACGUUCAACAUCAACACUACGCUGCUUUAUGAGAACAACCCAAACAUCGACUCUUCCUGUGACAACAUUUACGUCGGCGAGGUUCUCUGCGUUGCGAAUGACGUCGACGUUCCUGUUGCCGGGUCUGCAUCAUCUGCCCCUGUUUCGACCGUUCCGGCAUCUACCCCUGUAUCGUCCACUCCAGCGUCCACCCCUGCAUCAUCCAUCCCGACCUCCACCCCUUCCACUGCGUCGUCCGCCCCUGCUCCCACGUCCACUGCCACUGAUGGCUCUGAGGACGAUGGUGAUGACGAUGACGAUGACGAUGGUGAUGACAGUGACCUUCCGUUCUGUGAUGAGCUCUAG